AUGCCCCCUCUCCGCGCGCACACCAAAUCUCGCAACGGGUGCGACCAGUGCAGGAGCCGGCGGGUCAAAUGUGACGAGCGGGGUCCACCGUGUUCAAAUUGCACGACGCGCGAGUUAGAGUGCACAUACUUGAAAGUCGCCGCUGCACGCGGCCGCGCCACAAACUCCCGCCGCACAAGCUCCGACCCGGCGCGGUCGCUAUCAGGCGGCUCGCCGGCGGCGGCAGCGGCGCAUGCGCCUACGGUGUCUGUCUCCCCGGCUGCGCUGCCAGCGGUUGCCGUUGCAGUGUCGGCCAACUCAGUCUCAGAUUCAACUUCUAUGCAGCCGAACACGUUCGGCAUUAAUAACUUGGAAUUAAUGCAUAAAUAUUCCACCGAGACUUAUCAGAGUCUUUGUGUUAGUGAAUCAGAAAUUUCGGUUUGGCAGACUACCGUGCCGCGUCUUGCUCUUCAGCAUGAUUACUUGAUGAAUGGGAUUCUGGCAUUGGCGUCCAUGCACAUUGCCACAUCGGCAGAGCCGGCUAAGGCGUUACUUUAUCAUGAUACGGGGCUGCAGUACUAUAACCGGAGCCUCACGCCGUUUCGAAAUGCGAUCGACAGUAUCUCGCCGAGGAAUUGUGAUGCUGUUUUUGCACACUCGAUCGUCAUGAUCGCCAUCAGUAUCACGGCGCCCAGACUCACUGCUACGAAGGAUGAAUGCUCGAGUAUUACUGAGAAUAUCGUGAUUUUGUUCGAGUUACUGCAGGGUGUUAAGAAGAUCCUGCAGGUUAGCAAGUCGUGGAUCAAUCUCGAGUUGUUUUCGCAGGGUGCAUUCUGGAAGAGUGAACCUGCAGAACUUGAUCCCGAUACUGAGGCUGCGCUCACGCUUCUGUCUGCGUUGAACGACGAGGUAAUGAUCGGGAUCUACUCGGAUCAACAUCGCAUCAACAAACAAGUCAUUGCCCAUCUCCGCCAUUGCUAUGGGAAAUUUGCACGCUCUCCGGAUCCAGCUCCGGUUCUUGCCUGGCUUGCUGCUGUCGAGAAAGAUUUUGUCGAUAGUCUCCGGUGUCGACAGCCAUUCUCGCUUCUCAUUCUUAUGUACUGGGGUGUACUUCUGAAAGAGCUUGAUGGGCAGCGCUGGUGGGCAAAGAACUCGGGCAACGCUCUAGUAUCGGAGUUAUAUCUUGCCUUGAGAUCCGGGGAUCCGAGAUGGGACAAAGCCCUUGCAUGGGUGCAGCGGAAAAUGGCGCUUUGA